AUGCCUCCAAACAACGCUCACCCACCUCCUCCGGACAGGCCCCCAAGUGCACCAGCAGGAUAUUGGUUUUCUACAAGGGAGGAGUCCCACGUCCUGCCCAGGAGUGAGCUCCAAGAAUCAAAGCCUCAAGCCUCGAGAUCCAACAACUUCAAGCCCCCCACCUCAAGUCCCCCACCUCUUCUCAAGCUCCCAGCCUCUAGUCUCAUCUCAAGCCUCAAGCCCCCAGCCUCGUCUCAAGCCUCACCCCCAGCCUCAACUUCGUCUCACCUCAAGCCCCCAGCCUCGUCUCAAGCCUCAAGCCCCCAGCCUCUAGUCUCAUCUCAAGCCUCAAGCCCCCAGCCUCGUCUCAAGUCACAAGCCCCCCGCCUCAUCUCAAGUCACAAGCCCCCAGCAUCGUCUCAAGCCUCGCCCCCAGCCUCUAGUCUCGUCUCAAGCCUCAAGCCCCCAGCCUCAUCUCACAUCAAGCCCCCAGCCUCAGCUUCGUCUCACCUCAAGCCCCCAGCCUCGUCUCAAGCCUCAAGCCCCCAGCCUCUAGUCUCAUCUCAAGCCUCAAGCCCCCAGCCUCGUCUCAAGUCACAAGCCCCCCGCCUCAUCUCAAGUCACAAGCCCCCAGCAUCGUCUCAAGCCUCGCCCCCAGCCUCUAGUCUCGUCUCAAGCCUCAAGCCCCCAGCCUCAUCUCACAUCAAGCCCCCAGCCUCAGCCUCGUCUCAAGUCACAAGCCCCCAGCCUCGUCUCAAGUCACAAGCCCCCAGCAUCGUCUCAAGUCACAAGCCCCCAGCAUCGUCUCAAGCCUCGCCCCCAGCCUCUAGUCUCAUCUCAAGCCUCAAGCCCCCAGCCUCGUCUCACAUCAAGCCCCCAGCCUCAGCCUCGUCUCAAGUCACAAGCCCCCAGCCUCGUCUCAAGUCACAAGCCCCCAGCAUCGUCUCAAGUCACAAGCCCCCAGCAUCGUCUCAAGCCUCGCCCCCAGCCUCUAGUCUCAUCUCAAGCCUCAAGCCCCCAGCCUCGUCUCACAUCAAGCCCCCAGCCUCAGCCUCGUCUCACAUCAAGCCCCCAGCCUCAGGUCUCGUCCCCAACCUCGUCUCACCUCAAGCCCCCAGCCUCAAGUCUCAAGCCCCCAGCCUCAUCUUGUCACAAGCCCCCAGCCUCGUCUCGUCUCAAGCCCCCAGCCUCGUCUCAAGCCUCACCCCCAGCCUCUAG